GCGAACAUCUACCGUCUAGCCGCCGCCGUGAAGUCCUGUCGUUAAAAGUCCUCUGGCGCUUUUGCUUUGUAUUCUUUGUCCAAACAUCUUUAUUAUUCCGGACUAGCUAGCUGUGUUUAAAGAAUGCUCCUCUCGUCCUAGACAGCUGCGUCACAUGCUAUCUCGGGCUUAAACGUUCCUCGUUUUGGAGGCGUCUAGGCCUAUUGGACGAAUUUGCUCUCGAAUCGCUCCGUUCUAACCGCCGUUUUCAUCAUAGAUAUCCUAACAGUUCUCGUUGCGGCCCUACGCUUUGUGUGAUUUUCUUAUUCCCCUCCAGCCGGGCGCAUCGGGGUAAUGCAGUACGUCAGAAGUAUCAGCGGUUCGGUCUCAAAGACAUGGAACUCGAUCAACCCAGCCACUCUCAGUGGAGCUAUUGACGUGAUCGUUAUCGAACAGGAGGAUGGAACGCUGGCGUGCUCUCCUUUCCAUGUGCGAUUCGGCAAAUUCUCCCUCCUCCGGCCGUACGAGAAGAAGGUGGAGUUCCGGGUAAACGGCGUCAAACAAGACUAUGCAAUGAAGCUCGGGGAAGGAGGGGAGGCAUUCUUCGUAUUCGAGACUGCCAACGAUGUCCCCGAAUCGCUACAAACGUCGCCUGUUGUGUCACCCGCAGCGAGUCCAAAGCAUGCUCCCUUCGACGGAGAUAUGUCAGCCGACUCCGAGCCCGAAUUCCUAGACCUCUCCUCCAGCAGACCGAGUAGCCCGCGAAAGAUUGAGCCUGACCCUACAGGCGCAGUGUUAAGAACAGAAACUGAUCCAGCUAUCCUAGCUACGAUGUCCAAGUCUCUCGAUGAAUGCCAGCCAUGGUUGGACGGCUCUCCAACGCCAUCCUCUGAGAUAGAAACUCAAGUGCAUCAGACUCGUCUCAGGGCGGGAACCACUGCGGAUUUCGACGCAGCGCGCCUUUCUCCACCUCCUUCCGCGUUCAGCCCAGAAAAAGAUUCCCCCGAUUCGCGAAGAUCUCAAAGUCCUCCUCCCGUCUCGGCUCAAGAGGCUUAUUCUAGAGCUAUAUCGCUCUCGAAGAAACUUGAAGUUUCGAACAUCCCUUCAAAAGUGACCGAAACUGGGGACUUGAUGCUUGAUAUGACAGGAUACAAGAGCAGUGAUGAGGAUGCCUUGCGGGCAGAGUUAGUUGCUCGCAAGCUUCUCGCGGAGGAGCUGGAAGGAAAUUAUGAUAUUGGAGCGUUGAUAGGCGCUGAUGAACAUGGAAAUCUUUGGAUAUACAGUAGUGAGGAUGCAAAAGAGGCCGCUACUCGUCGCGCAACAUUCAACAGUCUUCCGAAUAGCCAUCCCUUAGCUGGUGACGCAGCGUCAGAACCCGGGUACCAUAGCGAUAGUGAACAAACUUUGGCAAUGCCAAACCAACGGCAUCACCGUUCUCAGUCUGACGCACAGGGAGGAUAUCCAACGCCGCCACAGACACCCGGUGGUGACGCUGCAGCUGACGACCAAACUCGCAAUUAUGCCAAGACUCUCCGAUUGACAAGCGAUCAGCUCAGAGCAUUGAAUCUUAAGCCCGGAGCUAACCCAAUGUCAUUUACGGUAAAUCGGGCCACAUGUCCAGCGACGAUGUAUUUAUGGAAUUACAAGACACCUAUCGUCAUUUCCGAUAUAGACGGGACCAUUACAAAGUCGGAUGCUUUAGGCCACGUCCUCAACAUGAUCGGUCGCGAUUGGACCCAUAUCGGCGUAGCCAAACUAUAUACAGAUAUAGUGAAUAAUGGAUACAACAUCAUGUACCUAACAAGCCGCUCAACUGGCCAAGCAGACAGCACAAGAACAUACCUUAACGGGAUCGUUCAGGAGGGCUAUAAGCUACCCAAAGGUCCGGUUAUUAUGAGCCCUGAUCGCACUAUUGCUGCCCUACGUCGUGAAAUCUAUUUGCGAAAGCCGGAGGUCUUCAAAAUGGCCUGCCUUCGUGACAUCUUAAGUCUCUUUAAAGGGCGACAAAAUCCAUUCUACGCCGGGUUUGGCAACCGCCUUACCGAUGCGCUGAGCUAUCGAUCUGUAAACAUCCCGUCUACCAGGAUUUUUACCAUAAAUUCCGAUGCGGAGGUUUAUUUGGAUCUUCUCAGCCUCAAUAAAUAUAGGAGCAGCUAUGUCUCCAUGAGAGAACUGGUAGAUCACUUUUUCCCGCCCGUGAGCCUGCUUAUCGAAGAAGGCGCCGAGGAUUUUACGGAUUUCAGAUAUUGGAGGGAUAGCCCUGGAGAUCUCGAUGACUUUUCCGUUACGGACAGCGACGAAGAUGGCGAUGAGCGAGACGAAGACGAUAAUUUAGAGAGUGAGGAUGAUGGUAGCGACCAAUAUGAGUACGAGGAUGAGGAACAAGUUGACGGAAUGGCUGAGAGCUAUAUUUCACGGGAUUCUCUCGCUUCUGGUGACAUGGCGGAGUCGAUUGUGGAGUCAGGUUCUGAGUCCGGAGGUGAUCCGGAUAGCACAGAGGUCCCGAUUCAGAAUUUGAAUCUUAACAAUCGGCGCCAUUGAUGCCCAUGUUGAACUAAUAGCAUAUUACUGCAUAUACAGAUGGGAAGGACGAUCUUUCCACUCGUAUGCAGCAAUUUGCAUGAUUCAGAACUCCCCUUCUUUUUAGAUUCUAGAAGAGGCAUUCAGCCUUUCUAAGGCUGGUGGUGUUUGGAGACUUUUCUUUUUUGAUUAGCAUUUCAGCGGUGAAUCGGUGGUUUAAAUGGUUGGCGACCACUGUAUGUUGAUAGUUUUCAUUGGUUUUCAGUCCCUUUUUAAGCAUUGCCUAUCGCCUCGUUGACAUCGAUUGAUCCCCCCCCGCGGGGGUUGGUUUGAAUCGGUACAAUAAUAACGAUGCAUUUUCAAGUAUUCCUCUAUGAUG